GGGCCGGGGAAGCGGAGGAGGCGGGUCUCCAUAGAAACCUCCACCUGUUUCCGGCCAGGCUGUGCAAGAUUAGGGGCUGCUGCGGGGGCCAAUCUCAGCCAGCUACCCUUUUCCCGGCGGCCUCUGCGGGAGCGGUGGGUGUUGUACACAAUCAUCAUGGCGGCGGCCGGAGCCCCGGAUGGCAUGGAGGAACCUGGAAUGGACAUGGAGGCCGAGACGGUGGCGACCGAGGCGCCCGCGCGGCCCCUCAACUGCGUGGAGGCUGAAGCGGCGGCGGGGGCGGCGGUCGAGGACUCUUGUGCCGCGCGAGGCAGCCUGCAGCCGGCCCCUGGCCAGCCCCCUGGGGACCCCGCGGCCCAGGCCUCGGUCAGCAACGGCGAGGAUGCGGGUGGUGGCGCGGGCAGGGAGCUGGUGGACCUCAAGAUCAUCUGGAACAAGACUAAGCACGAUGUGAAGUUCCCCUUGGACAGCACAGGCUCCGAACUAAAACAGAAGAUUCACUCGAUUACAGGUCUCCCUCCUGCCAUGCAGAAAGUCAUGUAUAAGGGACUCGUCCCUGAGGAUAAGACACUGAGAGAAAUAAAAGUGACCAGUGGAGCGAAGAUCAUGGUGGUUGGCUCCACGAUAAAUGAUGUUUUAGCAGUAAAUACGCCCAAAGAUGCUGCGCAACAGGAUGCAAAGGCCGAAGAGAACAAGAAGGAGCCUCUCUGCAGGCAGAAACAACACAGAAAAGUGUUGGAUAAAGGGAAACCCGAAGACGUGAUGCCAUCUGUUAAGGGUGCCCAGGAGCGCCUGCCAGCGGUACCCUUAUCCGGCAUGUACAAUAAGUCGGGAGGAAAAGUGAGACUCACCUUUAAGCUAGAGCAAGACCAGCUGUGGAUCGGCACUAAAGAUUCCUGGAGGGAACCGAACAUGCCUAAUUCACCUGUUUCUGGCCAGCACUAGCGGACUGAGAAAUUGCCCAUGGGCUCCAUUAAAAAUGUGGUCAGUGAACCUAUUGAAGGACACGAAGACUACCACAUGAUGGUGAGUACCCUGGUGCGGUUCGGCCCCUAGCUGCUCCUGCUCCUGCUCCUGCUCCUGCUCACCUGGCCGAGAGCUGAGCUUUUUUGACUGAAGAGAAAACUGUUCAGAAGAUGCACGGUUUUAAGAUCCUCACAUUUUUAUCUGUUUAGAACUUAAUCUCUGACCUAAAUCCUAGUUCUUUUUGCAGCCUCCCUCCCCAGCAGUUUAAAGGGAUGUUUUGUAUCUUUGCCUCCCUCUUAUUUGUAAUAUUUUUGUUUUUAGACCAGGAAAAUAAACACAAAGAGGAGGAAGAAUGGUUUGUAGGUUUUCAUUUUAACUUUUGCAUAUAAAACAAAAUCUCCCACUACCCUUGGCGUUUGCAAGAACACCAGCUAGUCCCCUCUGUCAUGGUGUUGCUCCUACUAGGCUGCAGCCAUCAAAUGGCCAAGGACACCAUGGGGAGGGUGGACAUCCUGUGUUGAGGUCUACUCUGCAGAGAGCAGGCUGUACUUUGCCGAGACAGGAUGUUUGGAGGCUCUCCCCAGGUCUGUGCAGAACAAAGCCAAGAAUCAGUAAUGAGAUUAAUUGAGCAGCAUAGGCAAACCCCUUCUGUUUUCCCAGCACUGUUGGGAGGGGCCACUUCAGGAAUGAAGUUUGGCUGCCUGAACUGUGAAGGUGCUGUGACAGGGUCUUGACUUGAGCAGUCAGGGUGGAGUGGGCUGCCUGCCAUUCUCCAUUCCAGGAGGCAGCAUUUUCAGCAGCCAGCUAACAGUGAUGCAGCUGUGUCAGCCCUGUCUCAGGGAGAAGGAACAGCAAGUGUUAAAAAGUCCAGGGCAGAAGGAGAUGUUAGAAGAUCCCGAGAGAAAUGAGGAUCUGGCAGUAUAACAGUUCUCUCUGGGCAGGUGGCAGAUCCCCUGGCUGUAGGAGAAGUCAGUUGUGUCCCCUCUCCCCCCCUGUCCGUGCGUCUCUGCUCUGAGGUGCUGAUGCAAGGCCUUGAUUGGGAUUGCCAUCCCUGGGGUUCAGAGCUCCUAGGAUGCCCCGUGGCAGUGACAGUGUCGUCACUGGGGCUUCCCGUUGGGCCCUCUGGCAGCCCGUACAGCUUUGGCUGUCUGUAGUCUCUCAAGAUUGCUGGUGGAUUUGUUUCACCAAUUAUUUUAUUUUCUGUUUUAAAAGUUGGUUUAAAUAUUUCCAGCUGGACCUCUUUGCUCCCUUUUGAAAUAUUAUCUUAGCAGUGUGGCCCUGUAGGGUUUUUGACCCUAGCUUUCAAGCAGCCUGGUGAGAGAGAUUUCAGAUGAGUGGCCCGUUUUGGACAUCAUUUAAGGAACAGGUUUGGAUCUAGUCUAAAUGCUCAUUUCUCUCUGGAUGCAUUUCUGAUGGAGGGCAGUUCUAAUAGCCCCUCUCUUAUCCGGACACCUAGCACCUUUACCUUUGUCUUACUGGAAGUAUUUAUGUCCCUCUUUGCAGGUGCCAUCUCACUGGUUAUAUUACCGUAUUUCCGUUCACAUUAGAAGAGGGUGGCUGUGCUUUUUCACUGGUAGAUUAAUGUUAAGCAGUACAGAACAGAAUACAAUAACAAGCCCAUCUAUCUAUCCAUCACCAAGAAAUGACUAUUGUAAAUAUCCUGUAACUUGCUUUAAGUCUUUUUUUUUUUAAAUAAAAGAAAACUUACCAACAGUGAAUAUGUCCCCAUUGUCUUCCCCUGCCUCAUUACCAAUGUAAUGAUUUACCAUGUGGAUCCUUCCUGUCCACCUGUGCUUUUAUUUUCAUAUAUAUCCAUGAACACGAUACACUAUUGUUUGUGUUUUUUCCAUUUCCAUAAAUGGUAUCAUGGUAUGUAUUAUUCUGCAGCUUGCUUUUUUUGGUUUGCCAUUAUAAUCCAUCUGUAUUAACUAUAGAUCCAGUUCAUACCUCUGAAAAGUAAUCCAUUGUUCAUCAGAGUAAGCCAUGUCACUUUUAAUUUUGUGUUCCCUUACUGAUGGAUGUAUAGGUUUGCAAGAUUUUAUCAUUUCUGACAGAGCUGCUUUGAGCAUUCAUACCUGUUUUCUGGUACAUGUGUGAUGGUUUUUCUAGGGCAAUGGUUCUCAAACUGGUCUCUGGGUCAGCAGCAUUACCAUACCUGGGAACUUGUCAGACAGGAAGGCUGUCAGUCCCUCUCCCUCCAAGCCUCCCAAUCAGAAACUCUAAGGGGUGGGCCCACCUAUCUGUUCUAACAAGCCCUCCAGAUGGUUCUGAUGCACCCUCGGGUUUGGGAACCACUGCCUUGGGGUUGACUGUGCAUAACUCUCCCCUUCUUCCUUCUCCUCUUCCCCCCCCUUUUUUUUUUUUUUGACAGAAUGUACCCCAUGUACACAGUUUCCUUCACCCUUCCCUUCUGAUUAAUUGACUUCACUUCUCAGCCCUCCUUGGGUGUGUUUUGCUGCCUGCUCAGUCUCCCGACCUCUGAAGUACCACUUGGUUUUCCUUUUU